AUGAUCCUCCUGGUGUGCAUACCCCCCUGUAAUGGCUCAGUGGUGACUGAACCAAAUCCAUGGAAGAUUGUGGCAAGGAGAACUAAAGGGUUCUCUAAAAUGAGGACUUUGAGCCCUAAUAACCCUUUCAGUGUGCUUUCUGGGGAGUUAGAGUUCAAAGAGAUUUCUGGUGGAGAUUUGGAGCAUGAGGAAGUGGAUAAGAGUAACCAACCUGAACCCCCCAAUGAAGAAGACACCGGGAAAGAUAUGUGGAGCUUCCUUUUAACUCUUGCUACAAGUGUUGGUAGUUACCUUUGGCUCAUUACUGGUGAUUUUAAUUCACCAUUAUGUGAAGCUGACAGGAUCAAUGGAUACCAUGUGUUUGUAAUGGAAGUCAAAGAUUUUGAUGAUUUUAUCACUGUUGCUGGUCUUUUCCCUCUUAAGAGUGUUGGCCACUAUUUUUCUUGGCACACGGGUAUUGGUGAUGGUAAGAUAGCUAGUAGGAUUGAUUGGUGUUUGGGGAAUGCAGAUUGGAUUCAUAAGUACAGUAGUGUUCAUGUGGACUACCUGAACCCUUCCAUUUCUGACCAUUAUCCCCUGUUGAUUAAUUGCCUCCUUGAUAAACCUAAAGGUGGUAGACCUUUUAGGUUUCUUAAUUACCUUGUUGAGCACAGUAAGUUCACUUCUACCAUUCAGACUUGUAAGCUGAAAGAGGUUAAGAUUUCCCUCAAGAGAUUACACAUAGAAGAACUUUCUGGUAUCACUGGCAGGAUUAAUCAGGCUAGGAGUGAGCUAGAUGAAGUUCAGAAUGCUUUCCAAGCAGCCUCUCUCCCUGAGUUGUUGGUUAAAGAAGUUGUUUGUGUUGAGAAUCUCAGGAAAUGGCUAAGGGUUGAUGAGAUAUCUUUGAGACAAAAUUCCAGGAUUCAAUGGUUGCAACUUGGAGAUUCUAAUAACCAAUUUUUCUUUUCCACUUCUGAAAUCUUGGCGUUCUACGAGAAGCUUCUUGGCACCUCAGCUUCCUCUCUUCCUUCUAUUCAUAUCCCUACUGUGAGAAGUGGUCCUAGGCUCACUAAUUCUGCCAAAAGAGAUCUAUGUAAAGAUGUUACAAAUGAGGAAAUUGAUCUAGCAAUUAAGGGGAUUGGUAAUGACAAAGCUCCUGGCCCUGAUGGACUCAAUGCAGUCUUCUUUAAGAAAUCUUGGCCCAUCACUAAGCAGGAUAUUUACAAGGCAGUGAAGGAAUUCUUCAGUACCAACACUAUGCUCCCCUAG